CGCACGAGCCCAAGCCGCGUGUAAAAACAGUCGGUAAAACGAUGCUAACGGUACGAGACGUAAGACAAACAACUCUAUUUUUCACGCAUUUCAACAAAUAAAAAUUCAUCUUAUAAUUGUUUAUUUUCACCUAGACCAAUUUUAAAUAACUUUACGUGAAGAUUGUUUGAACGCGUCAUAUAUUCAUACACAUACAUAUACAUUGUACCGGGUACACUCGUUUUGGCGGUUCACUAGUUGCACGCGGCAGACGGAGCUAGUAAGUACCCAACGUCGGUUUUUAAGCUUGCCGGCAAGGUACAAAGUGAAGUGAAAAACGUGAAAUGGAAUUGCAUACACCAAAACGUGAAUUGCGUCCUUUGACGGAGUCGUUGCCAUGUAGUCCACCAAUGUGCGAUAGUAUGCUUUACCCGUGGAAUUGGGGCGAAGAAACGAGAAACGUAAAUCUUAGCCCGGGAAGUUCGUGCUCCUCGCCAGAGUACAGGGAUCAUAGCGUGGCCACGCGAGCUGGAUCUCGUUCACGUUCUGGAGGUUCUGAGAGUCAUCGUCGUGGACGGCCAAGAGCAGAUGCUCUUUCGAAUCUUAUGAUGCAAGGAAGCACUUCCCCAAGCAGUAUAAAAUGUACUUUUUGCAGUCGUGUCUUUCCUCGAGAAAAAAGCCUUCAAGCACACUUACGUACUCAUACAGGAGAACGACCAUACCCAUGUGAUUAUCCUGGAUGCACAAAAGCUUUCACACAAUCAGGACAAUUAAAGACUCAUCAAAGAUUGCAUACAGGAGAAAAACCUUUUCUAUGCACUGAACCUGGCUGUGAAAUGAGAUUUACACAUGCAAACAGACAUUGUCCAGAUCAUCCAUAUGCUACUCUCACACGUUCUGAUGACUUUGUAUUGAAACCAGUAUCAGAAAAUACUGAGUUACCUCACGAUGUUACUAGGUGGCUAGAGCGUUAUAAAAUGUUAAGAGAACGAGAAGACAGGACACCAACAGGGAAAAAUGAACGCAAGAAGAAAACAUGGAAAAGUAGUUCUGAGAAUCACAAAAGAGUUAAAUCGAGAAAAGGUCUAAUGAUGGAUGCGGCAGGAGAACAAGAAAAUUUAGACUGUAAACCAACCAAUCAGCGGUUGUAUUGUGGAGAGAGUCAAGACAGCCAAGAAGAGAGUCAGGAUGAAGAUCCAGUGGAAACAUGUACUGCAUUACAAACGUCUGAAGAUGAGGAAGUAUCAACAAAAUUGGCAAGUACUCCUUUGAGAAGACCACUGGACAGACUUCAACCAAAGAAAAGGUGGCUACGCGAAGCUUGCUUAGAACAGCAGUUAGCUAAACCUUUAAAUUGGGACAAUAAAACUACUAAUGUACCUACAACCACUUCAUUUAAAAUUAAUAGUAAUCAAAUACAGUGGAGCCCACCUACCGAUAAUUCGUCUGUUUUAUUAGCUACGUCGUGUUUAAAUGAAUGUAAAGUAAUCGAACUCGCAAAGCCGGAAUUAGAUUCUUCUUAUUCGUCUACACAGCUAUCUUGGGAUACACCUCCUGAUAGCGAAUGUUUAGAAACAUCGACGAAUGAAGAUCAAAAGUAUACAUUCGAGACAUCGAAUACAUUAUCUCAUAAUAUCUGGGAUGCUUCCCAGCAUAAUACAAAUGAUUUUUCAAAUCAUGCAUACAGGAUGAAAAAUAGAAUUAAUCACUCAUCUAAAUUUGAUUCUACUGAGUACCCAAGUCAUGGGUAUUGGAAUAAUAAUUCAGUAAAAGAUACAUCUAAGCCUUUGCUAAAUCAAACUAAUGUAAAAAUCAUUGACUUUGCUCAAAAUGAAUUAACUAAACAAUCUACAUUUAUAAAUUCUCAUACCGAAAAUGUAACAAGACCAACUGUUCUGAUGUUAGCUGGUAGUUUUAAUAAUAAUAACAACAAUAACAAUAAUAAUAACAACAAUAAUAAAGAGAGCUCGUCAAAAUUACCAUCAAUGGAUUCUGUAUCCGGUUUAAAAGUGGUUGUUGUUAAGCAAGAAAAUAACACUAUGAAGUUACCGCUUCCAGAAGAUAGUCAAAAGUGGUUAGGUGCUUUAGCAUUGAUGGAAUUAGCUAAAAAUCAAGAAGAAGCAGGAAAGAGUUUUAGUCUCAAACAGAAUAAAGAUGAAUGUCCUUUAAAUUCUGAGUUAAAUUAUACCCACUUAUAGACUGUGAUUGUUAAUUACUGUAGUUUUGUACCAUUUUUGUAUGGCGAAAUAGAAGAACAAAAGUAAAAAUGCAUUUUCUUACCAUGCUGCAGUUAAUAUUUGAAUCUGUAUACACAUAAAACAUUUGUCGGUUAAAAUUAUAUUUGCUUUUUUUCAUCACAUAAUCAAGUAAUACCUAUAUUUUACAAUCUCACUUUUUUGUAUUUUCGUGUUCAUAUCAUUAUGUUACAAUUUGUUUCAAUGAUCAUUUGUUAAAAUCUUGCUUCAAUGCUGCACAUUACAAUUUUGUUGUUAUGAAUGUUAAGAGUGAUAAGAGCUUUGGUUUUAACUUAUCUUUUCUAUUUUCAUUAUUGUUUAAUACAAAGAAGGUAUUUUCUUUAUUUAU